AUGAUGACUUCUUCAGAAAUUGAAGUGGAGAAUUUGAGUGAGAAAAAUGCAGAAGAAUCUGCAAUUUUAGAAGUAAGCACAAUAGCAGUCGGCAGUGUUAUUAAACAGGAGAAUCGUGAUGUUGAUUUUCUUUCAAAUUGUAGUACUUCUAUCGAAGGUUCCGUGAUAGCUUCUCCUUCCAUUGACAGUUUCUCUACUUUGCCAGAGCAAGAAAUAUCAGAUUUUCAGAUAGAUUCUAAAGAUUCUAGAGAUUUACAAGUAAAAGUAGACAAUCCUCAAAAGCAUCUUGAAACUCUUGAAACUUAUAUUACUUUUCGUAUAACAACAAAAUCCACAAGACAAGAAUUUGAGGAAGGAGAAUAUAUUGUUAGAAGACGUUAUAAUGAUUUUAUUUGGUUAAGACAAAAAUUAGUAGAUUCAUAUCCUACACAUAUUAUACCACCAAUGCCUGGAAAACACACAUUACUUGCUCAGUUAGAUCGUUAUUCCAAAGAAUUUAUUAUAGCACGCAUGAAAUUAUUACAUAUGUUUCUUAACAGAGUUAUAAAUCAUCCAAUUCUUAGCUAUGACAAAAAUUUGUACAUCUUUUUGACUACUAAACCUGCAGAGUUUCUCAUACAUCGUAAAAAUCGCGGAAAUGUUCUUAUUAAAAUGACUGAUUCUUUGCAAAAUAUAGCAAGUACAUAUACUAUGAAACAACGCCAUUUUGAAUUUGAGCAAAUUCGAGAUUAUUGUAUAGCUCUUAAUGAAAAAUUAGCAACUAUAGAUAAGAUAAAUCAUCGUAUACAUAAGGAAAGGCAAGAUUAUUUGUUAGAAUUGCACCAAUUACAUCCAAUUUUUACUUUAUGGGCAACUUCUGAGCCAGAAUUAGCUCCUUUUUUAAUGGCAAUUGCUAAAGCAAUAGAAUGCAAUGCAAUGGCUCAUCAAAAACUUUUAGAAAGCACUCCGAAUGAAGAACGAGAAUAUAUUUCGUAUGUAGAUGCAGUUAAAAGUGCUUUAUCCCGACGCGAUUCAAUGCAAAUUGAAUAUGAAAUAACUGUUGAAGAAUUGGCAAAAAAGAGAUUAGAAAAGGAUCAGUUAAUGGAUUCUACGAGUGGUAAUACUUCGACACAAAAUUGGGGUGGAUCACUUUGGAAAGCAGAAUCUCGUGAUGAAAAAUUAGAAAGGCUUGGUCAGACCAUUCCACGACUAGCAAAGCAAGCUGAAUUAUUACAAGAUCGUGUGGAGUGUGCGAACGAAAAUCUCCGAAGUGAUUUACAAAGGUGGAAUGUAGAAAAGCAAAUGGAUUUAAAAAAUAUGUUAAUUUCAAUGGCAGAUCGACAAAUUCGACAUUAUCAACAAUGUAUGAAUGCAUGGGAAGAAAUUCUUACUAGUUUAAAGCUAGAUGGCAUAGGAUCUGAAGUUAGCAUAGGACCACCUAUUAAAAUUCCUGUUUGAAUGAUAGAAUCUUUCGUUUCUUGGAUAUAAGUAUAAUAAUUAUCUUAUGUGUUUACAAAGAUAAAAAAUUUAGUCAUCAUUUGUGCAAUAACAUACUUUAUUGCAUUUAAGAAACUGAUCUUUCCAGUUUCGUUAUUGCUGCUUCACACCAAAUUAAUAAUCUUUAUCUUUUAAAUCUUAAAUGUUUUUUGUAGAAUGUGAUAAAUACUUACAUAAAUUAUAGUGCAAUAAAUAGUUGCACAUGUUGCAAAUUCAUAUAUAUUUCAAUUUUUUAGAUAUAAAAGAUGUUAUGAUGAAAUGGCUUUAUGAUAUAACACGGUUGCGUAAAGUUAACGCAAAAACGUAAAUAAACUUAUUUAAUUCUAUGGAUAUAAUAGGAUAAUUUUCAACAUAGAAAAUCAAUUAUGAAGUAUCUUAAGAUAUAUUUUUCUUUCAUCAAUUAAUUUUGGGACCAAAUAUUAAAUAAUUUAUCAC